AGUUGUUGGUGUAUAUUUUUGGCGAUGUACUUUGGUUAUGUCAUAACCAAACUUUGGUCAUAACCAAAACCAUGCAUGAUUAGUCUUAAUCUUAUAAUGAUUGCGUCCAAGGACUGUAUCGAAGACGAAGAGAGACCAAGUUGAUCAAGUAGGCGGAUCAACACUGCAGAUUGCAGUAGGAUCUUGUAUUUUCCGCGAGUACUGCUCGGAGUAGGUCAUAGACGUGCAGCGGGGCUUAUGUCGUAACUAACGAGAUCGUGACGUCAGCGAGACCACUCUCUCUAUAUAUAUAUAUAUAGAGAGAGAGAGAGAGAGAGAGAGAGAGAGAGAGACAGGUUCAGCCCUCUGGCUCUACUACUAAACCGGUCUGAAGGUGGUCAAAGCACGAUGGACAGCAUAAUUCGCUAUAUAGGCCCUAAUAAGCGAGCUAAGCUAAUUGAUUCGCAUCCUGCCGAAUUGAUCGCAGCAAAAGCCAAACUGUUUGAGUGUAAGAUCACGGAUGAGGAGCUAUCUACCAGGCUGGAUGAAGAGGACCCUCUAGGCCAUUUCAGGGAGAAGUUUCACAUACCAAAAAUGAGAGACUUGCCCUUUACUGAUCCAGAGUUAAUAUCGCCAGAUGAUGAUGCAGUUUACCUAUGUGGUAAUUCUUUAGGCCUACAGCCUAAAACAACAAGAAUGUUCGUAGAAAAAGAACUAAAUAAAUGGUCAAAAUGGGGUGUACAUGGCCAUGAGCAUGUUAUGCACGAGGAUGGGGAUUUGCCGUGGGCCCACUGCGAUGAGGCUCUCUAUGCUCUGUCCUCAACCAUCGUUGGUGCGAAUUCAAGUGAAAUCGGUAUCAUGAACAGUCUUAGUGUAAACAUACACUUUCUAUUAUACAUAAUUGAGUCUCAGCUCAAUCACCGUGGCUACAAUACAUCUGAAGCCAUGAUUUGCAUUAAGCCACGAGAGGGUGAGACCAUGCUCCAUACAAAAGACAUCUUGGACAGGAUAAAUGAAGAAGGUGACAGUGUAGCCAUCAUAAUGUUUAGUGGCGUCCAAUAUUACACUGGGCAGUUAUUUGACAUGGAAAGUAUCACGAAAGCUGGCCAAAAAAAGGGUUGCAUUGUUGCAUUUGAUUUGGCACAUGCUGUAGGUAAUGUACCAUUGCAUCUACAUGACUGGGGAGUAGACUUUGCAUCGUGGUGCACUUAUAAAUAUCUGAACAGUGGCGCAGGCUGUAUAGCAGGCGUGUUUAUUCACGAGAAGCAUCAUCACGCUGUCAAGCCAACGCUAACCGGCUGGUGGGGCCACGAACAUGCAACUCGCUUUAACAUGGACAACAAGAUGGUGUCAUCUCCGGGUCCUGAUGGUUUUCGUGUAAGCAACCCUUCUGGAGUGCUUUGUGCAUGUUUGCAUGCGAGUCUGGAGGUGUUCAGCAUGACGUCGAUGGAAGCGAUACGUGAAAAGUCGCUGCUGCUCACUGCUUACCUGGAGCUAUUGCUGAAGCGUCUCCUGCCCUACCCCCCACGUGCCAACGGCGACUCGUGCGUGCGCAUCCUCACGCCGUCCGACCCAAUGCAGCGAGGUGCUCAGCUGUCCAUCUGGCUAUCGAUUCCUGUUCAGAGUGUGAAGGUGGAACUGGAGAAGCGGGCUGUCGUGUGUGACGAGCGAAAACCGAAUGUCCUGCGGGUGAGUCCAGUUGUGCUGUACAACUCAUUCCACGAUGUUUACAAGUUUGUACAUCUGCUGAAAGAUGCUAUGACGGUGGUAAAGUUUUAACAUUUCACUGAUUAAAUGUUUCAAGUGUUCAAGUGUGAAACGUAGGAGAAAAUGCAUAUUGUUAAGUUUUAAUAUCAUGUUUUUGAUAAAUUUCCAAUUGAUAUCAUACAAAAAAAGUAUCUAGCCAACUGAGAACCUGGUAUAACUGAAAAUAUUACUGAAAGCUACAUGCUCGUAUUUUUUUGCAUUAGAAUCAUGAGUUGUAAUGUAUGCAUCACUUGAUUAGAAUUAGUUUACAGUUUAAAAGUGAUAAUUUUAGUUAUUCUAUUAGUGGUUAUUCUAGCAGACGUCCCAAGUGUCCCGGUCUCACCGAGAUCGUCCCAGUGCGACAUGCUGGUUCCGGUGUCUCGUAAAGAGUCCCGGUCGUAACAUUUUUCAGCCAUAUUUUAACAUUUACAUCAGUAAAUUACUAAAUUUGCUGUGGUUUUUGAUGUACUUUGAUUCUAGCGAAAUGUGAAACAAUAAAUUAACAUGAAUUUGCAUUUUA